AUGAAAAUCAAAAGUGUUUAUUUUGUUGCUGGGCUCCUUUUAAUGAUAGUUCAAGGCAGCUGGCAAAAUCCUCUUCAGGAUACAGAGGAGAAAUCAAGAUCAUUCAAAGCUUCCCAGUCUGACCCACUAGAUGAAUCUAGACAGCUGAAUGAAGUGAAACGUCACUCACAAGGCACAUUCACCAGUGAUUACAGCAAGUACUUGGACACUAGACGAGCUCAGGACUUUGUGCAAUGGUUAAUGAGCACUAAAAGAAAUGGCCAACAAGGACAAGAAGAUAAAGAAAAUGACAAAUUCCUGGACCAGCCCUCAAGCAAUGCAAUCUCCAAGCGUCAUGCUGAAUUCGAGAGACAUGCUGAAGGCACCUACACCAGUGAUAUCACCUCUUAUUUGGAAGGUCAAGCUGCCAAAGAGUUCAUUGCUUGGUUAGUCAAUGGACGAGGAAGAAGAGAUUUCCCAGAGAAUGCUCUUGUGGCUGAAGAAAUGGGCCGAAGACAUGCAGAUGGCACUUUCACAAGUGAUAUCAACAAAGUCCUUGAUGACAUGGCUGCCAAAGAGUUCCUAAAAUGGCUGAUUAACACAAAAGUUACCCAAAGGGACCUUUUGGGAGAAUACCAGUAA